UUCGGUAGGCAGCUUCUUGCAUAGCGCACGUGAGGGGUUAGAACGGUUUCGAAAUGGCAUGCACCGUUCAGUCUCGUAUUGGUUCUAGUGCGCGCUGGAAGUGGAUUUUCGCGUCGUCGUCGUCGUCGUUUUCGUCGUAGUUGGUUUUUCUGACGAUCGGAGUGCCGUUGUCGUCCGCAAUCCGCGCGUAGUAAGUUACGUCUUUUUCGCGGUCGUAAAUAUUGUGUGAACGUUGCUUGGCGCUGUGUGGAAUCGAAAGGGGAGUGAGUCAAUUCUCCGCAUUGUUGGUGGUUUUUCGGCAAGUGCACUAUCGAAUGUGUGGUUGAGUUGUGGUUGAUGGCUUGUGAAAACAUCGGUUUCGAAUGUAGUAUUGGAGUUAAUCGAGUUGUGGAACCAUUGAAGGAUUAAGGUUGCUUCGCUGAAUUCGGAGGUGAAUGAACAGAAACAAUUCAACCAGCAGCGAGUUACAGUCCUACAACAGCUAUGUGCAUAUUUAAUCAUCUGGGUAAACAUCAUAAAUAUAGACAGCGUCUCCCUGGGUAGCCGCCGACGGACAAAUCCAAGACUACAAAGUGGACGCGCCGGAAGUGCUAUUUACUACUUCUACUACUGCUCAGUGGAAAUAAAACUCAAUCCCUUAUAGUUACGAAACAGUUUAACCGUACUACCAGGAAGACUUGGCGGGAGAGUGUUUCACGGGAAGGACCACGUCGGAGAACCAAUGUGUACGGAUUUGCGGCGACCGGCCGGAGUUGGAACAACUCAUUAAAUAAAGAACGAGAUCCAUCGCUGACAUCGACAAACUUUUCCCAUCAACCGUAACACGCUGGCUGUCUCUCGCGGAGGACACCAUUAAGAGCAAACUUAGUGUCGGAGGAAUGCUCCGGAAGUUUUGACUCUGCACUGCCAUCCAUCCCGGGGCAUGAGUUAUGAGCAUUUUUCCAUCAGCAAGUCCCAUCGCCUUCUCCCGAAACAGCCCAAGUCAGCCGGAGCUUGUCAAAACAAAGGGCGCUACGUCGUCAACGACCGCGACGUGAGCAGGAUGCAACUUCCGGCAAGGUUCAGCUGAGAAGACACGCCACCGAGACAAACUACUCCGUUCGCCAAUAACUACAAGCAGAUUUGUUCAGCUGGUUCGAGCAGCAACUGCCAAACAAUGAAAGUUUCUUAUAAAUUAUCGCAUUUCCUCAAUCUGUAUUUCAUUUUCGCGACAGCGACAACACUUUCGGAGGCAGCCAAACAACCCUCGCCGCCGAACGCGACGAGGAUUGACGGUGUUGAAGAACGUCCGUCACCCUUUGCAACCCCCAGUUCAGGAAUGGUAGGUGGUGGUUGGAGAAGUUCGUCAACUCAGCCAUCGCUGCCUCCGGUCCUGGCAGCAUCAUUGACGGUGCGAGAUAAAUCAGGACUGGAACGGGAUCCCAAACUGGUUAAUCAUCAUUUUUCCUCCUCAAGUUCGAUACUGUCGAAUGUGAAGGGGUCACCAGGGGUGGGAGGAUCCGGAGAACCCUCAACGAGCAGAAGUCGAUCGAAAGUGAAUUUUAAUAUUUUGUACGAGAGCAGCGGGAAAGUCAGACAGCCGGGAGUUGAUGAAGCUUCUGAAGUGGUAGAAGUGAGGGAAGGUGCUAGUAGUGGCGUCACUCGAAACAAUGAACCGGAGAUGAGUGUGUCGAAACCGGGUGGUGUUGAAGAUGAAGAUGAGUAUGACUAUGACGGUAGAGGUGAUAAUUAUGAGGAUGGCAAAAUAAUCAGUCCGGCGGCUUUGGAUAAUUUUUUCGAUAAGAGUUUGGGUGGUGGAAGGUUCGGGCAUACGGCAACAACCGAAUCGGAUUACGAUGACGACGAGGACGAAGAUAGUGACGAAGGGGAUGACACUGAUGAAGACUCCUAUGGAGAGGGUGGUGAUAUUUUGCCGGUGGAUGGGGCGUUUGACAGCUUCGGAAAGACAGAAGAAGAGGCAGGAGCUAAAAGUGAUAGUACAUUGCCUUAUUUUCUGGUGGAGCCCCAGAGUACGCAUGUGAUACGGAACAAGCCGGCGAUACUGAAGUGCAAGGCAGCGAAUGCUUUACAGGUGCACUUCAAAUGCAGUGGCAGCAACAAACCCCCACCCUCAGUCGAGGAAUCGCACGUUGAUCCGCACACGGGAGUUCACUUCCAGGAAGUGACCGCAACCAUCUCGCGGGACCUCGUGUACGAGUACUUUGGAAAGCCUCCGUUCAAGUGCGAAUGCCACGCGUGGUCACCCCGGGGGAAGACCAUCAGCCAACCGGCUUCCAUUGUCGUUGCCUAUCUGAAAAAGAAUUUCAUCCUCCACUCGCCAAAACUGCGUGCCGAGACUGGCACAAAGCUGGAAAUUAAAUGCACUGCCCCGAAGGGCUAUCCAAAGCCUCAAAUCACGUGGUUGAAAAACAAUUUCACCCUUCCCAGCAGUCCACUGCUCACGUUCAACUCCGAGGGAAACAUCCUGAUAAGCACCGUAAAACUACAGGACAUCGGAAACUACACAUGUGUCGCGGAGAACAUCGCCGGCAAACGGACAUCGGAACCGAUCGAACUAAUCGUUUACG